AAUAUUUUACCGUGUAAGAAUUGGCCACCGCAUCGCUUCACCUUCCUCCGUCCAAGGUCCAACAAGCGCAUCCUCUCCCUCCCCAAAACCCGCCAGAGAAGAUGUACGGCUUCGGGGCCGGGCUCGGGCACCCCUGGUUGAACCCUGAUGGCACCUUCAAGGUCUUCUGCAAGGCCGACGAGGGGCUCUGCCUCGCCGUCCGCAGAGGCGCCCUCGUCCUUGCCCCCGCCGACCCCGACGACGAGCACCAGCACUGGUUCAAGGACGUCCGCUUCAGCCUGCGCAUCGAGGAUGAGGAGGGCAAGCCUGUCUUCUCUCUCAUCAACAAGGCCACCGGCCUCGCCGUCCAGCACUCGCUCGGCCCCUUCCACCCGGUGAGGCUGGUGAAGUUCAACCCGGAGGACUUCGACGAGUCGGUGCUGUGGACGGAGAGCGGCCACUUGGGCAGGGACUUCGGCCGCAUCCGCUUGUUGCACGACGUCGACAUGGUCCUCGACGCCUUGCCCCGCGACGAGGACGACGGCGGCGGCGUGCGAGACGGCACGACCAUCACGCUCACGGAGUGGGCCGGGGGCAGCACCCAGAGCUGGAAGAUCCUCUACUGGAGCGUCGAGGCCAACAAGACCUGCGGCGGGCUUUUCUCCGAGCCCACCUGCCGCAUCUACUGCAAGGCCGACGAGAGCCGCAGCCACACCGUGCGCCAAGGUGCUGUCUGCCUCGCGCCUAACACUACUACUAGAAAACGGCACAUUCAUCCCUGCACGUUAGUACCGGGCGCACUUUGGCCCGGUACUAAAGAUCAAUUUAGUACCGGACGGUAUACACAGUAUCCUGAGAGUCGAAUAGUACCGGCUGAAACCACUACUGACGUCAAGAAGUAACGAUUUAGUACCGGCUGGUAGCUCUAGCCGGUACUAAAUAGCACCCACAAAAUUUAAUACCGGUUAGAGACACCGUCCGGUACAAAAAGUAUUCUAUUUGUACCGGACAUAGCCUCCGUCCGGUACUAACCAUGCCAACCAAAAAAUCUUCCGUCGUCCUUAAAAUAUCCACUCCACCACUCACCAAGCUGAGUCUCAUCCUCAUACUCUCCUCUACACUCCAUCGUCCUCUCCACUCAGUCCUCUCAUCCUCUCUCUCCCUCCCUCCUCUCCUUAGGCAGGCCGCAGGCGGCAUCCCGGCAGCGCAUGGCCAAGCCGGACUCCCGGCGGCGCUCGGGGCCAAGGCCGGCGGCGCGCGAGGGCCUGGCCGGCCUCCCGGCGGCGCACGGGGC